AUGCGGAUGAGCUGCAACGGCUGCCGCGUGCUGCGCAAGGGCUGCAGCGACGCCUGCACCAUCCGCCCCUGCCUGCAGUGGAUCGACACCCCCGAGGCGCAGGCCAGCGCCACCGUCUUCCUCGCCAAGUUCUACGGCCGGGCGGGGCUGCUCAACCUGCUCGCCGCGGCGCCCGACGACGCCGCCCGCCCCGCCGUCUUCCGCUCCCUGCUCUACGAGGCGUGCGGCCGCAUCGUCAACCCGGUCUAUGGCUCCGUCGGCCUGCUCUGGUCGCGCCAGUGGCACAAGUGCGUCGACGCCGUCGGCGCCGUGCUCAAGGGCCACCCCGUCGUGCAGGUCGACGCCGCCGCGGCCCCGCCGCUGCUAGGCGGCGCAGGCGCCAGGCCAGCCGCGCCGGCGGCUGCCUACGACAUCCGCCACGUCGCCAAGGACCCUGACGCCGCCGCCGCGGCUGACCUCCUCCGCGUCGCGCGCGGCGGCCGCAAGAGGUUCAAGCGCGCGGGCUCGUCUUCCGACGCCUCCAAAGCCAAGCCCCUCAAGGGCAAGGCCGGCAACAACGAGCGCGCGUCGCCCAGCCCUCCUCUGAAGCGGCAACAGCAGGAGGCGGAGGAGCUGGAACCGGUGCCGAUGGUCGUCGAGCUUGAGCACGGCGAGGAGUCCGCCGGCAGCCACGACCACCACCACCUGCAGCUGCAGCAGGGGUCGUCGGAGGACACCGACGUGGAGGCGGCCUCCCACGUGAGCCAAGCCGAGGCCGAGCCGCCGGUCAGCAGCCAGAGCCAGAGCCAGGUGCUGCUAGCAGAUCAGGAGGAAGAGGAGGUCGGGCUGGAGCUCACGCUCGGGUUCGAGCCGGUCGUCAGGCAGCAAGCCGAGGUCGUCGUGCUGCGACCGGAGCGGCUUGAGCGCGGCAUCGAGCCUCAUCGGCCUGCGGCUGCAGCUGCCAGCCGCCUGAGCAGAGCGAGCCUGCGGUUUGCUUUAAAAAAAAAAGGGUUUUGGACCCCGCGGUGUCAGGAGACAAACAGCAGCCGACAUCAGAUUUCCUAG